AUGACUAGUUUCACCACCGCAGAAGAGGGACCUGGUCCUGAGGCCGGCGGCGGUGGGAGCACAGAGGACCACUCCCCUACGCCACGCAAGCUGUCCGGAAGGAUACUAUCAUGUAAGAACUGCCAGAGGAGGAAGAUUCGCUGCAACAAGGUGGUUCCAUGCGCAAACUGCGUCAAGGUACAUGAUGAGAGGGUCGGACGGUUUGUUGAUGCCCAUAUAUGGGUGGCGCUAAACGAAGAGAUCCAAAACAUGAAGGAUAUUAUCGAGCACGAUGAACCAGACGGCGUUUUCCCCCAGGAAGAGCAGCCGUCAAACUCGGCCAGCAUCUCUGGCGUUCCGUCUCCCACGCCAAGCGAACGACCUGAGCUGGACCCCGUGCAGACGUUCAAGUUGUGGCAGAUCUUCCUCGAGCGCGUCAACCCCCUGAUCAAGAUUAUCCACGCGCCCACCGUGCAGCCCAUCAUAGUGGCCGCCUCUGCGGACAUCACCAGCGUAUCGCUAGAUCAACAGGCCUUGCUGUACAGCAUGUUUGCACUGGCGGUCAUGUCGUUGAAAAAGGACGAGAUGGUGGGUAUCCUCGGCGACGACCAGACAAAGGAGCAGGUGCUGCAAGGGUUCUUGCGCGGCGUGAGCAUGACCCUCGUCAAGUUUGACUUUCUGAGGCGAUACAACAUGGUCGUCCUGCAGGCCCUCGUGCACACGCUCAUCAUCCUCAUGGGCCAGUGCAAUAAACAUGGCUCGUGGGUGCUCUGUGGUUCGCUCAUCAGGAUCGCCGUCAGCAUGGGCUACCAUCGCGACGGCACGCAGCUUGGCCUGGCGCCCUUUGAGACGGAGAUGCGGCGGCGGAUCUGGUGGCAGAUCCUCACGUACGACACCAAGCUCAGUCUCGACUGUGGUUUCAAGCACAACUGCCUGCCCACGGAUUUCGACACGAAGCAGCCACUCAAUUUGAACGAUGCCGACUUGUUCACCGAGGCUACGCGUGACCUGGUGCACCGUGAAGGACCGACAGAAAUGGCCUUUGUCUUGGUCAUGCAUCGUGUUGCGGCGUAUCUGCUAGACGAAGAGGCGAGGCAAGUCGUGGAGGCCAGCACUCUCGGUCACGGUGGACCAGAUGGUCCAGAGAUCAACGCGGCCAGCAUGGAACGCAAUCGCGUCCUCGUGCGGGGUCUCGAGAUGGAUUUGAUCGACAUUGAGAGGCGGUUCCUGAACCCUGUGGUGAGCAACGCCCACGCCGCUGCUCUUGGUAUACGCCCACAUCUCAUCGCACGGCUGUACGACAUGAUGCGCCCCAUGCAGGAGUCGACGGACUGGGGCAUUGACAUCUUCUCGCCGCGGGACAACCUGUUUAAGCUGGUCCUCACGUUGUGUGAGAACGCCAACGACGCGUUCGAUCCUAUGGAUCGAUGGGCCUUUGCCUGGUUCGCCCGGCUGCACUUUAACUUUGAGCAUCUGACCUCUCUGUCGACGUUCCUCUACCAGCGUCCAACGGAUAGCAUGGCCGACCGUGGAUGGGCUGUACUCGAGUCCAUGUAUGCGCGACACUCGCUUCUUUACAACCUGAAGCUCAAGGCGCCCGCCACGCAGGCGCAGUUUGCCCUCAAGGCCUACGCGCAGCGUGAGCGCGCCCUUGGGAGAACAGGGCAGAUCGUCGAGACGCCAGAGUUCAUCAUGAGGCUGCGCAACAUGAUCGGUGGUCACAUCUUGACAUGCUGA